UCAAAUUGACAAGAUUCUGCCAAAAAAGUUUGGUUGUGCGAUUGUCAUUUAGUUCGGAAUUCUAUAAUUCUGAAAAAUUACAAAAUUAACCAAUAUUCCUGAAUUAAAAGCAUCAAAAUGGUUGAAGCCCAAAGGUUUAGGAUUGAGCAGGAGAUGACGAACCUUGUCAAUGAGUUAGACAAGAGUCAUUUGAGAAAAAUGCAGGGUGACAUGCACAGGUGUGCUGCCAAAUGCUGUGAUGAUCCUCAAACCUCUUUAGAGAGAGUGCACAGUUGCAUUGACAACUGCACCGCACCACUCAACCAGGCUAAUAAUUAUGUGCAGGGUGAGAUCAAUCACCUACAGAACAGAUUACAGAGAUGUGUGAUGGACUGCAAUGAUUACGCCAGAGACAGACUGGGCUCCGACCCCAGUCAGGAAACGGUCGACAAAUGCACAAUAGAAUUCGAGAAGUGUGCAGUAAAAUGCGUAGACAAGCACAUUGGUAUCAUUCCUAACAUGAUGAAGACGAUGAAAUCUGUCCUGGCCAGCGGGAAGCCACCACCAGCUAGGAGCGAAUGAGGAACCACUUAGAUGUUAUUGGGUCAUGGUUAUUUUAAUACUGGGGUUUAGUUUCUGAAAGAUCAAAGUCAUACUCUAAUUUUAUUUUAUUUUUUGUGGACACAUUUUACAUGGUCAGUUAGACUAAGCUUGUGUUAUGGGUGCUAAUAUAACGGAUAGAUACCUCAUACUAUAAUAUACAUUUUAAAAUGUUUAUAAAUAAAUAGCUGUUUUCAAAAAAUGUUUCCUAUAUAUUGAAUUUGUAUAGAUUUUGACUUGAAAUAAUCUUUCAGAAACCAAAACUCAGUAAAAAUGUUAGUGUUGGCAUUUAAGUAGAGAUUAGUAAAUAUGAUUAUGUAUGUAUUUGUUUAUUAUUGUCGUCAACAAGUCAGUGAUUGACUAGGGCAUUUUCACUAUCGUCAACAAGUUAAUGUCUGAUUAGGGCACUUUCACAAUCCUCAGAAAUGCUUACGAAAUUAAAGUGCAAUAUUUAGAGCAAAAAUGAGUGCUGAGACUAAGUAUAUCUACUUUUAAUUCUUUCAGUUUUGUAUUGAUACAAAAAGUGAAAAAUGCUUAACUUAGUGGACUAAAUCGUGCUCUUGAAAUAAUAACAGCAGGACAGUAAUAAAAUAAACGAUAUUAUGUAAUCUUAAAAUAAAGUCUUCAGAACAUGAUAAAUGACUAAUGUUGCCAGUUCAUAACAUUUAAAUAUAUAUUUUUGUUAGAAGACUUUCUAAUUAUUUUUAUUUAUUAAAAUUAAUUACAAACAAAAUACACCUAAAAUGUACCUAUUCUUGUAAAAUACAUACCUACCUAUAUACUUCUAUUUUUAUUUGUUUACAAGUACAUUACUUGUAUUCAAAUUACGGAAACAACUAUUUUCUACCACGAAUGUUGCCAUUGUAGAAAUUGUUUAGUAGAAUAUUAUUUGUGUACAGUUUAGAAUAUAAUAAACUAAAUGUUGAAUCAAA